CAACGUGGUCAGUUUUCUGAAACGGUAUAAAAGGCGAUGGAUGUCCAAAGUCCAAACCAGAGCAGAGACACUUCCGAAGAAAAUCCAUCUCCUCCAAUAAAACGCCGUCGACCGGUCAGACGAUGAGGCGAUCCCUUUUGUCCGUCACUUUUGCUGCCGCUCUCUUCCUCAACUGCAACGCGAUACCAAUGGGAAAGACUGAAGACGGGUCGUUGGAGCAAGAGGUCUUCGCCUCCAUCCUAAACGACGAGGCGAUGGAGGGCGACGCGGACCUGGCCUCGGCGACCAGAGCGCGGGCGUCCAAGGUGAUCGUCAUCGCCGCCGACCCGAUGAUCUGGAGGGACCUGAAGGUUCUGCAGAACGGCAUGUCCGUCUACAAACGGAGGGCCGAUGACAGCAACCAGGUGGGCGAGCACGGAGACGGCGGCCAGCAGCAGAGCAUCCCCAUUCUGAGGAGGGACAACAUGAGGUGCAUGGUGGGACGGGUGUACCGGCCCUGCUGGGAGGUCUAGGACUCUUCGUUCUGCUGCGUGAAGCGACCAGAAAGCAGAGAAACAAAUCCCUUCCUGUCUCAAGAAAUGUGUCUUUGAGUGUUGAAAUCCCUGCAGGUCUGUGAAUAAAUAUUAUUCAGUUCUGCUUAA